AAAAGUUGUGUCUCGCUGCUUUGCAGAAAUCACCGUUCGGUGUUCUUUCAGGCCUACACUCUUUCCGUUUCACCCUCAUUAGGCUGGUAACUCGAUGGCGAACAUAGAGAACCUCACGUUGUUCUCCACCACUUCCGCGUCGUGGACGGCCCCGGAGUCGUCCGGCAAAUCGAUAUCUCCUUGUCGAACGCAGACUCUUACCUGUUGUCCGGCAUAUCUUGCCCACGUAAAGCGCGCCGUCCACAAGCUCACCUUCGAGGAGCAUGACAAGCAUGCGGAGGAAGAACGCAGGCGCUUGGAGGCGAUGAACGGUACCGGUGUCGACGGCGAGGAUGAUCUCGGUGUCGGAGACGAACCUGAGGACGAGGAGCUGUCGUUGCUGGAUCCGAAGGAGUGGAAGAAACAAGACCACUACCAGGUGCUCGGGCUUUCACAUCUGCGCUACAGGCAACAAAAGAUCAGAUCAAAAAUCGCACGUACACAGGAAAAAGAAGGCGGGGCUUGCCGGCGAUUCGAACGACGAUGCGUUCUUCAAGUGCAUCUCAAAGGCGUUCGAGGUGCUACGAACCCGGAGCGGCGGCGCCAGUUCGACUCCGUCGACCCGUACUACGAGUUGCUCGAGGCGGACGUGCCGGUGGAGAAGCAGCUCAAGAGCGCGAGGAACCCGCAGAAGUUCUUCUUCGACGGUUUUGCGCCCGUGUUCGAGCGCGAGGCGCGCUUCAGCCGCAAGCAACCUGUGCCGAUGCUCGGCGGCUACGAGGACCCCAAGGAGGUCGUCUCGGCGUUCUACGACUUCUGGUACAACUUUGACAGCUGGCGGAGCUUUGAAGUACCUCGACAAGGAGCGGAUCAAAGAGGAGGAGAAGGCCGCGCGCGAGGCCGAAGAAGAAGAACAAGGGUGGCGUCCCAGAACGGUGUAGAUGCCAAGCAGAAGGAGGAAGAGGAGAAGAAGAAGGCAGAGGAGGAGGCGAAGCGGAAAGAGGAGGAGGAGAAGGUUGCUCGCGCGGAAUCUAAAAAGGCGAAGGCGGCGGCUGCGAACGCUGCGAAAAAGCCAGGCGAGCGGCGC